UAAACCUGGACCACAGCAAAACCCAUUUGAACUCUUUUCUUUCUUUUUUCUUUCUUUUUUUCUUUUUGGUUAUUCUAUUUACUUACUUUUCAAAGGUUAUCUCCCUUCCCAGAUACUCCUUACCAAAUUUCUAGGCCAUGCCAACUGAUCCCUGACUGUAUGAGGGUGCUUCCACAACCACUUACUCAUUCCUGCCUCUCUGCACUAGCAGUCCUUUAUGCAGCUUCACAGGUCAAAGGAACUACCCUCCCACUGAUGACAGAUUAAACCAUACUCUAUUAUAUAUGCAGUUGGAUACAUUGGCCCUAUGUGUAUUUUUUUGGUUGGUGGUUUAGUCCAUGUGAACACUAUGGUGUCUGGUUGGUUGAUACUGUUGUUCUUCCUAUGGAGUUCCCAACCCUUUAAGUUCUUUUGGCACUUCCUCUACCUCCUCCACUAGAGUCUGCAUAGUCAGGUUGAUGAAUUCCUGCAAGAAUACCAAUCUGCAUUGGUCAAGCUGUAGCAGAGCCAUUCAGAGGACAGCUAUAGUAGGCUCCUCUCUGCAAGGACUUCUUGGAAUCAGCAAUACUGUCUGGUUUUGGUUGGUGCAUAUGAGAUAAUUUCCCACAAUGAGAAGAGUUUAGAUGACAUUUUCUUCAAUCUCUACUUCACUCAUUUUAUCUGUAUUUCCUUUAAAAAAUAAUAAUUCUGAAUAAAAAAUUUUGAGAAGAGUAUUUGGCCCCUACCCUCACUCUUGAAAUUUUCCUCUGUAUUCUUAUGAAUACUUCUCCAUUCACUUUCCUCUAGAUACAAGUCUCAGCACCCUUGGACAGGUUAUAACAGAAGCAGAAUCCAUAUGUAUGAAAAACAUUGACUUUUAAGUGUACAGCAAUAUCCAGUGCAAAACACUAUAUUUCUUGUGUCAUUAAAACACAAAAUAGGACUUAUCAUCACACAAACCAGUGAGUUGACUACAUGUGCUCUGGUUUCUUUCAGUCCAAAUCCACUGAAAAAGUUUAAUGAGUGUAUAAUUUUUAGUAAACUCAUGAUUGCCAUUGUUGGUAUUAGAUUUCAAGUAAGAAUAGAUGGGUAGAAAGAUUUUAUGAGAAAAGUUUACACUUUAGAAGACAGUGUUGCUUCAUAGUCACUAGCUGUUUCUAAGGUACUAAGAAGAUAAUAUUAAAGAACCCUUCCUCACAGCCACUACUGCAAUGUAAAAUGGGCAAAAACAAUGUAUGAAAGCAAAGGUAAUAUAGAAUAGAUUGGCCAGCACACAUUAUUAAACUGAAAAACAAAACAUGAAAUCAUGGAGGGAGAUCAUGAUUUUGAAUUCAAAUAUUAAGAUUACACUGAUUUUUCACUAGUAUUGAAUGUAUAAAAGGUAGAGUUGCAGGGACUAAACCACAAUUCAAAAUGGACAAAUGGUGGUCCCAUGGUUCCAGAUGGUAUUUUAGUAGAGGAGUGCUUUAUCUAGCAUCACUAGAGGGGGUAUCCCUUGAUCCUAUGGAGGCUCCAUGAUAAAAGAGGAGGGGAAUGCUAAGGAGGUGAAUCAUGAUUGGACAGGCUAAAUAAGUACCCUGAUAGAGGAAGGGAAGGCAGAGGGAAUAGAAAAUUGGUAGAGGAGAAACUGGAUAAUGAUAUAAAAUUUGAAAUAUAAAUAAUUGUAAUGACCUAUACAAAGAAAAUAAAAGAAAGAAAGCACAGAGAAUGAAUUCUUUCUUCAUCUUCUUGAACCUUUAAUAUUCAAUCUUUAUCAUGUAAAUUAACUGUGCAUCAGUGAAAAAGUGUAUGAUUUUGGAUAGAGCUAUAAUAAAUAUAUUAAUGGCUUGGUCUGUUUAUUGAUUCUGAAGAAAAUGGAAGCAGAGACAUUGUUUAGAUAUUCUGUUCAUGCCACCAGUGUGAGUUUGUCAAUACUGCACAUGUUUUGUGGAACUCAGUGACUAUAAUCAUGAGCCUGCCUCGCUCUGAUACUAUGUCCUUUGUGUCUCUAGUAGCUCUGAUUGUACCAUUUCUGGAUCUCUCACUGUGAAUAUCUGAUACAAUCCACUGACAUCAUUUCCAUUUGUGUCAAUAUAAUAAACUUUUUAAAGUCUUCUAAGACCAAAUGAGAACAAAAGGCUUCCUUCCAGGCAUUAACAAACACGAGUGAUAUCAUGGAUAUUGAGAAUGAAUUACCCUCCAAAGUAUUUAUCAAUCAGUGUUUAUGAUUUCAUGAGCAGUGGACACCAGUUGCAGAGCCCCAGGGAAGAAAGUGUUUAAGAUUCCUCUAGGGCUCAGAAGCAAUUUGAAAAAAAAAAGAAUCAUGUAUAUGCAACUACUUCUUUACACAGAGUAAUAAAAUAUGGUAGAAAUUUGAUGUGCUGAUAUGCAUGGCACAUCACAAGCCACACUGCCCAGGUUUAAGGCUGGAAAAAAUAUGUUCAUUUUGAUGAUAGUAUUCUUUCUCCUCAACAUUCCACUUCUCAUGGCAAAUUCCGUUGAUCCCAGGUGCUUUUGGAAAAUAAAUUUGAAUGAAGUCAAGGAUAUAGAUUUAGAUACAAGUUGUUACUUCAUCCUUGAGGCAGUUCAGUUGCCUAUGGAGAAAGAUUAUUUCAACCAGACUCUGAAUGUCCUAAAAACAACCAAAUACAACAGAUAUGCAUUGGCAUUAGCCUUUACAAUGGAUGAAAUAAACAGGAAUCCUCAUAUUUUACCAAACAUGUCUUUGAUUAUAAAACAUACAUUGGGCCACUGUGAUGGAAAUAUCCCACUCCGCUUACUUAAUCAAAUAUUUUAUAUGCCUUUUCCUAAUUAUGGCUGUAAUGAAGAGACUAUGUGUUCAUUUAUGCUUAUGGGACCGAAUUUGUGGCCAUCUGUAGAUUUUUUCAUUCACUUGAACAUCUUAUUUCCUCAUUUCCUUCAGAUUUCCUUCGGACCUUUCCAUUCCAUUUUCAGUGAUAAUGAACAAUUUCCUUAUAUCUAUCAGAUGACCCCAAAGGAUACAUCACUAGCAUUGGCAAUGGUCUCUUUCAUACUUUACUUCAACUGGAACUGGGUUGGUCUUGUCAUCUCAGAUAAUGAUGAAGGCAAUCAAUUUCUCACAGAGUUGAAAAAAGAGACCCACAACACGGAAAUAUGCUUUGCCUUUGUGAACAUGAUGGCAAUCAAUGAGAAUUCAUUCCAUGAAAAAACUGACAUGUACUACAACCAAAUUGUGAUGUCAACCGCAAAUGUUAUUAUCAUUUAUGGGGAACGACCCAGUAUUAUUGAACUGUGUUUCAGAACAUGGACAUCUCCAGUCAUACAGAGGAUAUGGGUUACCAAAUCAGAGUUGUAUUUCCCAACAAGUAAGAGAGACUUAAGUCAUGGAACAUUCUAUGGAACUCUAGCAUUUCAACAACACCAUGAUGUGAUUUCUGGAUUUAAAAAUUUUGUACAGACAUGGUACCAUCUCAAAAGCAUGGAUUUAUAUUUAUUAAAGCCAGAGUGGGGUUUCUUUGAAUAUGAAACCUCAGCAUCUUACUGUAAAAUACUGAUGAGUAAUUCAUCGAAUGUCUCAUUGGAAUGGCUAAUGGAACAGAAGUUUGACAUAGCCUUUAAUGACAAUAGUCAUAGUAUAUACAAUGCUGUGUACGCCAUGGCCCAUGCUCUCCAUGAAAAGAAUCUGAAACAAAUUGAUAAUCAGGAAAUCAGCUAUGGCAAAGGAGCAAGUACUCACUGCUUGAAGUUACACUCAUUUUUGAGAACGAUCCACUUCACCAAUCCUUUUGGGGAGAGAGUGAUUAUGAAAGAGAGAGUAAGAGUGCAGGAAGACUAUGACAUUGUUCACCUGCAGAACUGCUCACAACACCUUAGGAUUAAGGUGAAGAUAGGGCAGUUCAGCCCAUAUUUUCCACAUGGUGGACAAUUUCACUUAUAUGAAGACAUGAUUGAUUUGGCCACAGGAAGUAGAAAGAUGCCUUUAUCUAUGUGUAGUGCAGAUUGUCGUCCUGGAUACAGAAAAUUCUGGAAGGAGGGAAUGGCAGCCUGCUGUUUUGUUUGCAGUCCCUGUCCAGACAAUGAAAUUUCUAAUGAAACAAAUAUGGAUCUGUGUAUGAAUUGUCCAGAAUACCAGUAUGCCAACACAGAAAAGAACAGAUGCAUUCAUAAAGACAUGAUUUUUCUAAGCUAUGAAGAUCCCUUGGGGAUGGCUCUUGCCUUAAUAGCCUUCUGUUUGUCUUCAUUCACAGCUGUGGUACUUUGGGUCUUUGUGAAGCACCAUGACACUCCUAUUGUGAAGGCCAAUAACAGAAUCCUCAGCUACAUAUUAAUCAUGUCACUCAUGUUCUGCUUUCUGUGCUCCUUUUUCUUCAUUGGCCAUCCUAACAGAGGUACCUGUAUCUUACAGCAAAUCACAUUUGGAAUUGUAUUCACUGUGGCUGUUUCCACAGUUCUGGCCAAAACAAUCACUGUGCUUCUGGCUUUUCAAGUCACAGACACAGGAAGAAAGUUAAGAAACUUCCUGGUAUCGGGGACACCCAACUACAUUAUUCCCAUAUGUUCCCUGUUGCAAUGCACUCUGUGUGCAAUUUGGCUAGCAGUUUCUCCACCAUUUGUUGAUAUCGAUGAACAUUCUGAGCAUGGUCACAUCAUAAUUGUGUGCAACAAGGGAUCUGUUAUGGCAUUCUACUGUGUCCUGGGAUAUUUGGCCUUCCUGGCCCUUGGAAGUUUCACGAUGGCUUUCUUGGCAAAGAAUCUGCCUGACACAUUCAAUGAAGCCAAGUUCUUGACCUUCAGCAUGCUAGUGUUCUGCAGUGUCUGGAUCACGUUCCUUCCUGUCUACCAUAGCACCAAGGGCAGAGUCAUGGUUGCUGUUGAAAUUUUCUCCAUUUUGACAUCCAGUGCAGGGAUGCUUGGAUGCGUCUUUGCACCCAAAAUUUACAUCAUUUUAAUGAAACCAGAGAGAAAUUCUAUCCAAAAGAUCAGGGAGAAAUCACGUUUCUAA